AUGCCAUUGCCGCGGGCCGCUGAGGAAGAGCUCAGACGCCAGGUAGACUCCCAGCUUUCGAAAGGCCUCAUACGUCCGAAUAAAUCGCCGUGGAGCUCUCGUCCAUUCGUAGUCCCAUUCGUAACAGGCGACUACCGGGUCGUAAUAGACUACCGGCAAGUCAAUAAACAGAUGCUUGAUGACGCGUUCUCUAUUCCGAUUAUCUUAGAAAAUCUCCAAAAGGAGUCCGGCCUUUCCUACUGUAUUGCUCUCGCCGACCCGGUAUUGCGCCAGGUCAACGAUGGCAGGUUGGAAGUGAUCGAGUACGGUAGCAAGAAGCUCACCCAAGCUCAGUAA